GCUACACAGGAUUCCGCCCCGGUAAUGCUGAUGGAGCUUUUGCCGUGGGUACGCCCUUCGGUGAAACAGCAGCCUUGUCGGCGAGGAGGCAUCUGUUCAACCGUCCACACACGUCGGGCCCGGCCUACGGCUGGACGGGGCAGCUCUCGAAGUUUCGCGGAACCUGA